AUGUCAAUCAUUUUCCACUAUAAUUCUCAAUAUAUUUAAGCAAACAUACAUGCCCUCUUUUUUUUUAAUUCAUUAAACAAGUUUGUCUUUUACCCAUCUUCCUUGAACCAUGCUUUCCCCCUUACCUUCACCUCCUCCUCCACCACCACCGCAAUCUCCGUCACCAUCUCCAACACCACCGUCAACAAAAUAUUCCACUCCAAUCUCCCUAUCCCAAAUCGUAAUAUCAAAACCAACAAUAACCCAACAACAAGAAGCUCCAUCUUCAAACAAAACAAACCCCGACACCGACACCGACAACGACAACACAACAACACUUGUACGAAAAUCACUCCUCCGACAACCUCAUCCACGACGAACAAAUCCAUUAAUAUGGUGUUGUGCAAUAAUAUGUUUGAUCUUUAGCGUCAUCCUCAUCUUAUUCGGAGUAGCAACUUUAAUCAUCUUCUUAUCAAUGAGACCAAGAAUCCCAUUAUUCGACACACCAAAUGCAAGUCUUAAUGGUAUAUACUUCGAUACCCCAGAAUAUUUCAAUGGUGAUUUCACUUUCUUAGCCAAUUUUUCAAACCCAAACAAGAGAAUCGAUGUGAGGUUUGAAUAUUUGGUUAUAGAGCUUUAUUUUCAUGAUAGGCUGAUAUCAACACAAGCUGUUCAACCAUUUUAUCAAAGGAGUGGUGAAGUUAGGGUUGAAGCAGUUCAUUUUAUAUCAAGCUUAGUGUAUUUGCCACAGAAUUUGGGUGUGGAAUUGCAGAAACAAGUGUUGAGUAAUAGGGUUACUUAUUUCAUAAGAGGAACAUUCAAAGUGAGAGCUCAUAUGGGUUUGAUCCAUUUUUCUUAUUGGUUACAUGCUAGAUGUGAAUUGCUGAUGUCUAGUCCACCAACUGGUGUUUUAGUUUCACAUAUUUGCAAAACUAAAAGAUGAAAUCAUAAUAAUAAUAAUAAUAAUACAUUUCCUGUGUUUGAAUAUAGAA